ACCCCCCCCCCCCCUCGGUUUCUCCUUCUCUCCCUGUAAUAGAAGCAAUCAAACUUAGCAUCUCAGAAACCCUAGAAGUAGCGGCUUGAUCAUCCGCUAUCUUCUUCUUCAUCUUGGGUUUCUUGGCCUUCUCUCAUCCGUAAAUGGGUUGCUUCCAUUCCAAGUCACCAAGAGAGUUUCGGGGACACGAAGACCCCGUAAAGUUAUCCUCCGAGACGGCUUUUAGUGUGAGUGAGGUUGAAGCACUGUUUGAGCUGUUUAAGAGCAUAAGCAGUUCGGUUGUUGAUGAUGGCUUGAUAAGCAAGGAGGAGUUUCAGCUUGCUUUGUUCAAGAACAGAAAGAAGGAUAACAUGUUUGCUAAUAUGAUAUUCGAUAUGUUUGACGCUAAACGAAAAGGCGUCAUCGAUUUCGGGGACUUUGUUAGGUCACUAAAUGUUUUCCACCCCAACAUAUCCCCGGAUGACAAAAUCGAUUUUACAUUCCGGCUUUACGACAUGGAUUGCACAGGCUUCAUUGAGCGCCAAGAGGUAAAGCAAAUGUUGAUCGCCCUUCUAUGCGAAUCUGAAAUGAAGCUGGCUGAUGACACCAUAGAGAUGAUAAUCGAUAAGACGUUCCAGGACGCAGACGUGAAUCGGGAUGGGAAGAUCGAUAGAUCCGAGUGGCAUGAUUUUGUGAUGAAACAUCCGUCAUUGCUCAAGAUCAUGACCGUCCCGUAUUUGAGGGACAUAACAACAACGUUUCCGAGUUUUGUGUUCAAUUCGGAGGUGGAGGAGGAGACUGCCGCGUGAAUGAGUAAACGAGCUCCUGUUUUGACCAUCUACCACUGCCGUUACACUACGACUGAUUCCUUGAGUUUUGCAAAGUAGCCUAAUCACAUUCUGCCUUUGUCUAUCGUUAGGUUCAUUUCUCUUUUCCUUUGGAUAAAAGUUUUUUUUUUUUUGACAAUCCGAGAGUUCACCGUGUUUUCGAUCCAAUUAUAUAUUCCAGAUAUCCCGGUGAAAUUAAGGUGAAUACCCCUUCCAAAUGAAGCUUUUUUUUGUACUUCUCUUUUGUACAUUUUAUUUUAAAUCCUCGAAUCAGGGUUAUUUACUUGCUAAUCCUUACAUCA